AUGGAGAACUGGAGAUUACGGCAGUCAGCGAGAAGGAUGAGAAAUCGACGUGACGACAAUGGAGCUGAUGACGUUUGGCAGUUGAUUAUAUGCGAUGAUCCUGGACCAUUGGGGAGCAUGGAGCUAACUGUUCUUGGUGACUUGCUGGAUAGCAGUUUGAGCAGGAAGGAUUGCAUCGGACGCUACUACGGCAAGGAUGCCAAGUACAGGCCGUUCAGCGCGCUGCUGCCCGAAGGCUGGAGCGGCAAGGUGCUGUACGUGAAGCUCGUGCUCGUCCUCCUCAUGUGCGGCUCCUUCAUGGGCCUCCUCAACUCGCCGUCCAUCCACCUCGCCGAUGAACACCACCACACCACACAGCCGCCAGAGGCGUCGAAAGCCAGCUGGAUGUCGCACCCCGACGCGGCGAACUCGGGGUACGCGUCGAGCCUGAGGAUCGACUGGUCGCAGAUCGAGACGGCGGCGAAGCACUUCGCUCCGGCAGGGGACGGUGGCGGCGGCACGCGGACGCGGGUGGCGCUGCUCAACUUCGACGACGGCGAGGUCGAGGAGUGGAAGGCGCGGAUGCCGCACACGGACGCCGCUCCGGUGCACCUGGACCACGUCGGGAGCGACGUCACCUGGGAGCACCUGUACCCGGAGUGGAUCGACGAGGAGGAGCUCUACGGCGCGCCGGCGUGCCCGGACCUGCCGGAGCCGACGGUGGCAACGGAGGAGGAGUCGUACAACGUCGUCGCGGUGAAGCUGCCGUGCGGGCCCGCGGCGAGCUGGUCCAAGGACGUGGCGCGGCUGCACCUGCAGCUGGCCGCGGCGCGUCUCGCCACGCGCGCGCGCCACGGCGGUGCUGCGGCGGCGCACGUGCUCGUGGUGAGCCGGUGCUUCCCGAUGCCGAACCUGUUCAGGUGCCGGGACGAGGUGGCGCGCGACGGCAACGUGUGGCUGUACAGGCCGGACGUGAGCGAGCUCAGCCGGAAGCUGGAGCUCCCCGUGGGGUCCUGCAAGCUGGCCAUGCCGUUCAGAGCGCUCGGCGAGCCGUACGUGUCGGCGGCGCCGCAGCGCGAGGCGUACGCGACGAUCCUGCACUCGGAGCAGCUGUACGCGUGCGGCGCCAUCACGGCGGCGCGGAGCAUCCGGAUGGCCGGGUCCGUGCGGGACAUGGUGGCGCUGGUGGACGAGACGAUCAGCGCGCGGCACCGCGGCGCGCUGGAGGCGGCCGGGUGGAAGGUGCGGACGAUCCGGCGGAUCCGGAACCCGCGGGCGUCGCCGGACGCGUACAACGAGUGGAACUACAGCAAGUUCUGGCUGUGGACGCUGACGGAGUACGAGCGGGUGAUCUUCCUGGACGCCGACCUGCUGGUGCAGCGGCCCAUGGAGCCGCUGUUCGCGAUGCCCGAGGUGAGCGCCACGGGGAACCACGGCGCCUACUUCAACUCGGGCGUCAUGGUGGUGGAGCCCUGCAACUGCACGUUCCGGCUGCUGGCGGACCACGUCGGCGACAUCGAGUCGUACAACGGCGGUGACCAGGGGUACCUCAACGAGGUGUUCUCGUGGUGGCACCGCCUGCCGUCGCAUGCCAACUACAUGAAGCACUUCUGGGACGGGGACACGGCGGAGCACGCCGCCGCCAAGCGCCGCGUGCUGGCGGCCGACCCGCCCGUCGCCCUCGCCGUGCACUUCGUCGGCCUCAAGCCCUGGUUCUGCUUCCGGGACUACGACUGCAACUGGAACGUGCCGGCGCUGCGCCAGUUCGCCAGCGACGAGGCGCACGCCCGGUGGUGGAAGGUGCACGACGCCAUGCCGCCGCGACUCCAGGGGUUCUGCCUGCUGGACGAGCGGCAGAAGGCGCUGCUGCGGUGGGACGUCGCGCGGGCGAGGGAGGCCAACUUCUCCGACGGACACUGGAGCGCCCGGAUCGCCGACCCGCGCCGGAGCAUCUGCGCCGGCGGCGACGCCGAGGCCUGCCGCGAGAGGGAGAUCGCCGGCCGCCGGGUGGAAGGGAACCGGAUCACCACGUCGUACGCCAAGCUAAUUGACAAUUUCUGA